UUCUCAGUAUUCCGGCAGCAGCAGGUUGCUGCGACAUGGCUCAGCACUCUUUGCUGAUUUAAUGUCCGGACAAGCCGGGAUCGCGUCUUCGUAAGGAUUUUUCGGGCGUUGAUGCAGUGGCGAUCCCGAAACGACGAUGAUGUGAUUGAUGAUGUGAUUGACUCUGCAGGCACGCUUGUCAUUCAUGAGUGUGACACUGCGGAGGCACCGACUCUCAGCCCUAGGCAGAGCAUAUCUCGAAGACCGCAUCCCCCACUUGUCGAGUAGAGUACCGGUUCCCUGUGCAAACCGGGUCGCACCGUCGCCGAGGGGACCGAUGUUGAGAACCGGUGCUGGUCUAUUCCACUGCGGUGAUAGAUGGCAUCAUGGCGACUUCCCACCCCUGCACGACAUUGUCUACACUCACAGCUCCAGCUCCAGCUCCAGCUCCUGCAGUUUGAACUUUCGACCUCAUGUGCGAAUAAGAGUCUCGAAACCACAGCAUUGUUCCGUACCAGGUGCAUCGCGAACUUACUUGCGUGGCUUACUCAGGAGCUGGAAGGAGGGAGCGAGCAUGCAUGGAAGAAGGGGGUCUAGGAUAGGGGAUAGGAGACCGCCGUGGAGAUACUUGGCCAGUAUCGACAGCGACGGCAUUGACAAAGAAAAACAGCAUGUCGACAGUUCACGCGUUGUCCAAAAAAGCCAUGUGCCGGAGCGUCAUUGGAUCACAUCGAUGAUUAUCGACAUAAUCAAUGGCUGGUAAGAAAUGAUGUUCUCACACAGUGCACAUGCGCACGGACAGGCACGGAGCCCAAGGCCCAAUGCCCGACAGAGCGCAAUGCAUUUCUUCAUCAUCCCGAACCAGAUGGAAUGGAUCAUAGGUCGACUGUAUUCAGAAAGUGAUUUGGGAAUGUGAAUGUGAAUGUGAAUGUCAAUAGAUGUAGAAUGGUGAAGGGAAACGUGAAUACAG